AUGCGAAGGAGGCAGCUAAUCCUAGUCGUAUUUCCCUCUCUCUUCCUCUUAUUCUUCUUCCUAUACUUCUCCUUUGUCUUAUUCAACGCCCGAGUUGCAUCCCCUUCGAUUGCCAAAUCCAAACUUGCUGAAACCCCUGAUUUGCAGCAUAAACAGUUCAGUCUCUUGAUUGGAAUCUUAACCUGCCCGGAUAAGUAUGAACGCCGCCAUUUCCUUCGCCUCGUCUAUGGGAUCCAAGCAUCUCCCCUAGCCGAUAUAGACAUGAAGUUUAUCUUCUGCAACCUCACAAAAGCUGAGCAAAGAGCAUUCAUAGCUCUAGAAAUCCUUCGUUUCAAUGACAUUAUCAUCCUCAAUUGCACCGAGAACAUGAACAGCGGCAAGACCUACACUUAUUUUUCUUCCCUCCCACGCAUCAUUCCGAGGCGUUAUGACUAUGUCAUGAAGGCAGACGAUGAUGUUUUCAUCAGGCUUGCACCAUUGGCAUUGUCCCUCGAGCCGUUGCCUAGGUUAGACAUGUAUUAUGGAUUUGUAAUUCCAUGCAGUAGCAAGAAUCCUUUCGUGGAUUACAUGUCGGGGAUGGGGUUUUUGUUGUCGUGGGACAUUGUUGAGUGGAUAGGGAAUUCUAAGAUCCCCGAAAACGACACCUAUGGCCCUGAAGAUAAAUUGGUUGGGAAAUGGUUGAAGAUGGGAAAUAAGGCAAAGAACCGAUAUUCUAACAAGCCGGCAAUGUAUGACUACCCGGGAACAAACGGCAGGUGCUCGCAUGAGCUUAUACCAGAAACGGUAGCUGUUCAUCGAUUAAAAAGGUGGGAUCAAUGGCUGCAUGUGCUUGAGUUUUUCAAUGUAACCAAAGAACUCAUGAAUAAGCGUUCCAAACUCUAUCAUAUGUAA